GAGAAAGAAUAAAGAGCUGUUAUUGGAGAGGAGACGGAGACUCUAUCAUUUGAACCUUUGGUUCUACUGCACAAAAUUUCUCAUGAGUGCACGGGGACACACAUGCGUUUCGAACAGGAAAGCAACAGAAUACCAGCCGACCCAAUCGAUAUUAACGAUUCAAUAUACAUAGAUCCUAAAAGCAUAUCGAUUGUGAAUUUCGACUGAUUUUUUGAAGGGAACUCUUUGUUUUUUGUUUCUCUUUGUUUUCAAUCUGCCAAAAAGCCAGAAAGGGAGUCCCAAAAGCAGGCAAUGAUUUGUCGAUCUCCAUCUCCUUCACAAAUCCCGUUGUAUUAUUUGGAAACAGUCCCAAAAACAUAUAUAAAAAAUAAUGCACCUUUUACAAUAUAUCAUACCCCUGCUGCUGCUGCUGCUCCUGGCACAGGUCGCCCAGUGCUACCGGAUUAGACCCCGUGAACUACUGGAACGCUACAGCAGCCUCUAUGCCGAUCUGCCCAACUCCUGUGACAAUGAGCAGGACGAACAGCCGCCUGAAAGCGACGACAUCGUUUCCUGGGAUCCCGAAACUGCCACGACCGAGGAGCCGCCACAGGAUAGAUCCUCCUGCAACUUGAAGAGCUCCAGCAACUUCUGCAAGCAUUCUGAACAGGGACUAGGAAUGGGAUCAAACGCUGGGGCAGCCAUCGCCCAGAAGGCAGCCCAAAUGGCAAAGGCCGCCAAUGAGGCACAAACUGGUGCUGCAGAGGAUGCCGCCAAGCUGGUCAGGAUGCAACUGGCGGAGACGGCAAUGCAAGCUGCCCGUGCCGUCAAUGCGGUGCUGGAGGGCAAGGAGGCGAUCGUCGAGAAUUAUCAGCGGGAGCUGCACGAUGCCGAGGAUAUGGUCAUCCAGGUGAGCGCCUCCCUGGAGAGCAGCGAGGCGAAUGCCCAGAGCGCCAGUGCGGCUAGCACCUUCGCCGAAACCCUAAAGGGCCGCCUCGAGGGUAUCCUCGAACAAACCGUGGCCAGCCUCGUCGACAUCGAUGCCUUGGACGAGCAGGUGAACGCCGAUCUCCAAGAGAAGACCGAAAUGCUGGCCAGGACCGAAGAGCUGGCCCAACGUCUCGAGCAGCAGCUCGCUACGGCUCGCCAAGAGUACGACAAGGUGAAGGAGGCCGCCCGCCAGGCAGCCAAUGCGGCUGAACAGGCCCGCCAAAAGGUCGAGGCCGAAGCAUCCACAUGUGGAUCCAAGAGUAAACGAGUGGCCAUCGAACAUUGUCAGGGCAUUCUCGCUCUCUAUGGCCAGCGACGGCAUCAACGUGAAGCCCGGAUGUUGCAACAGAAACAACAUUUGAAACAUUAAUUUGCCAUUUGAUUUGUUGCAUUUUAAUUAAAGUUUAUA